CAAACAGUCAAUAUGAACAGUAAAAAAUUACCAAAAUCUCCCCGACAUUUAUUAUUCUCCUCAUAAAAUAGUUAAAAAUUUCAUCAUAGAGCAAUAUUUUUGCACAAAAAUAAUUCAAUAAUCCCUUAUUCAAUAACAAUAAAUUUGGCAACAAUUAAUAAGCCCAAUAAACUAGCAAAAACACAUUAUAAAAAGACUUCCUGACUAAUCCAUGAUUCAGUGUUUAGUCAAAGGGUGCCAAAAUGCAGACUCUAAUUCUUGUUAUAGUUUUAGCUUUAAUUUCGCAACUUGUUGGAAAACCAGCUCUCAAAGAAAAAUCUACUUUGAGGCUUUUACAUGUUCUUUUCAGGCACGGUAACAGAAAUCCAGAAGAAACUUCCAUGUGGUCAUCAAACUCUUUUUCAAACGCAUCAAAUUAUCCUGAGGGCUGGGGACAGCUCACCAAUAAAGGUAAAAUGACUGAAUACAAGCUAGGCCAGUUCUACAGGGAACGCUAUGAUCAAUUCUUGGGCGAUACGUGGAACAUUGAUUACGUAGAUUUUAGAUGUGACAAUUAUGACCGCACCAAAAUGUCUGGGGAACUUGUAAUGGCUGGAUUAUGGCCUCCAAGAGGUGCGAACGUGUGGAAUAAAGGCCUAGCAUGGCAACCAAUACCGUUCGAAUAUGUCCCAUUAAACAAAGACCCUCUCUUGUAUCCAAUUGUUAGCGUACAGUUCCAAUUUGAUUUUGCUUUAACAUUCCUGUCUGGAAAAAUUCAAUCUCACUUGGCAAAAAAAUAUGGGGAAGCAAUGAAAAUUUUAAGUCAAAAUACUGGAUGUUCUGCAACAAAUUAUGCUAUUGGUUCGGCGUAUUAUGAUACUAUGAUGGUGCAAGAGGAUUUGGGUUUUAAAUUAGACUCUUGGACUACCCAAGUGUAUCCAGAACCAUUAAAAUCGUUGGCAGUUGAUAUUUUUUAUGUUAUGACAAAUAAUACUGUUUUGAGAAAGAAAAUGGCAGGUUCUUUGCUGAAAAAGGUGAUAACAGACACUUAUUCUUUAAUCCAUGGUACUUUAUCGCCACCUACACGAAAAAUGUUUGUUUAUUCAGCACACGACACCAACGUUGGCUCUAUGUACCUGUCUUUGCAAGCUUAUAAGAUGGAUCAACCACCGCCAUACGGUUCUUCCUUCAUUUUUGAGGUUCACGAAAUUGAAGGAGUAUGGGGACUUAAGUUGUUCCUUGUUGACUACACUAAAGGAAGUCCACACUCCUUGACCAUACCCGGCUGUGAGGAAUUUUGUCCUAUUGAUGAAUUUUAUUCUUUGGUUGAUGACAUUUUACCUCUAGAUUAAACAAAAUUUGGAAAGGAAAAAUUAUGCUUUAUUAAUGUUACAAUUUCAAUAAUUAGUAUCAUGCACUCAUUAAAAAAUUAGUAUUAUUUAGACAUUUAUUUGUAGAAUUCAUGUUCGCUUUCAUCCUUCUUAAUGUUGUUUUUGUAACCUUUUUCAAAGUCCUUGGGCAAAACAAUGUAGCGAUUUUCACGCACAGCGUGCAUACCGGCUUCCUGGCAAAUUGCAUUGAUGUCAGCGCCAGAUAUUUUAUCAGGCCUUGCAACGUAAUCUUCCAAAUCAACUUCUUCAGAUAAAUUCAUUUUGGAAGUAAUAGUGCUGAAAACUAAACGCUUUUGUCUUCUGUCUGGAAGCGGAAAUUCGAUUUUCCUGUCCAAACGUCCAGGUCUUAGUAAAGCUGGAUCCAAUGUAUCGGCACGGUUAGUUGCCAUGAUGACCUGAAAGUUGAUUGGUUAGAAACUUGAUUUUUGUUGACCUAUUUAUUACCUUAACGUUGGUGGUUUGAUCAAAACCAUCCAUUUGAUUCAACAAUUCCAGCAGGAUUCUCUGUACUUCACGAUCAGCACCGGUUUGAGCAUCGAAACGUUUUGUAGCGAUAGCGUCGAUUUCGUCAAUGAAUAUAAUUGCUGGAGAGUUUUCCUUAGCUAACCUAAAUACGUCUCUGACCAUUCUAGGUCCUUCUCCCAAGUAUUUUUGGACGAAUUCAGAUCCUACUACUCUGAUAAAAGCAGCUAGAUGCAGAAAAAUAAAAAAUCUAGUAUUUUAUGUGUAAAACGAAAAAUUUUGUUGAAAUUUCAUUAAUUCAGGAUCUAAUUCUCUCAAGUGAAAAAAUGUUAAACAAUUUAAACGAAAAAACUUUUGCUGAUCUGGAUGUUAAUGAGUGAAUAUAGAGACAAAGACUUGGAUUCAAAUGUAAGGUGUAAUCACCUAAAUAUUAGUUUUACUGUGUAACUAAAAAGCGGCCAUAGAAUGGGAAAUAGUUUCCUACAAGACUAUGAUAGUUCUUUGAAGACUUCAAGUAACAAUUUUCAUGAACCGCUACAAAGAAGCUAAGCAUUGAAAGAAAGAAAUGGCAGUUUUAUAUUUUGCCUAUAUACAACACUAGUUUUGUGUUUUCUACAAAGAAUAGUGUGUGAAAAUUUCUUGCUUCUGUGAUUUAAACCAGUCCGGCCUAUCAAACUUGUACGGUAUACAUAAAUAAAGUGUACAUACAGUAACAUUGACCUUGGAUGUAAAACAUCCCCUCAAAAAGAUUGUCCAAUUCUUACCAGUUGUAUGAUGAGCUACAGCUUUAGCCAACAUAGUCUUUCCACAUCCAGGUGGCCCGUACAUCAAAACACCUCUUGGAGGAUCAAUUCCAAUCUGCUUGUAAAGUUCAAAGUGCGUCAAAGGCAGUUCUACAGCUUCUCUGAUUUCUUGUUUCUGCAUGUCCAUGCCACCGAUAUCACCGUAGCUGACAUCGGGUUUUUCGUCGGCUUGAAGCAUGCUUAUGGAAGAAUCAGCUUCAGGUGGUAAGACGUCGACCAGCGCAUUGCUGUGUUUAUGCAGAGCCACGCUGGCGCUGGGUUUCAGCAAUUCCCUGUCAAUAGUCGAUAGAAUUCUGACGUAAUAGUUUGAGCCUGUAGUGGAUCCCACUAUGCCAGUGUUUUGGUCUACAGCCUCUAAAAAUUGGCCGAUGACCAGAGGGACUGAUUGGAUUCUUUUCACCUCUUCCUGAGCGUGCAGGUAUUCUUUUUUCAAGUUUCUCUGUUCGUCUUUGAUGUAUUCUUCUUGAACUUCGAGGAACUCGAGCAUUUGUUGCAGUUUUUUGUAUUUUGUGUAGAGGUCUUCAGUGUCUGCAUCUUGGAGAGACUGUUUGGUGUUGUCAGAAGGACUACCUUCCUC